GAGACACGACACACCGUACGUGCAGGGACUGUCAACCUUAUUAUUUCGAUAAGUAACAAAUCUUACAAAAAACUGGCACAGUCAGAAAAGGACCUCGUUAGAAAGGAUCCCAAGAUUCAACUAUUUUCCAGUGUAAUUUAAUUGCUCUUUGGGUGCUCCUACAUCAAGCAAAAUGAGCAGUGAUACAUCAUCAGUGUCAGAGCACCAGGGCCGGAUCACUGAGGCACAGCUUAGGAGUCGCAACUUCCAGCCCCGCGUCUCUACUCCGGACACCGACAUCACCGAGUGCCCCCAACAGCCAGACAUCACCCUCUUCUGUGACAAAUGUGGGUCCUUCAUCUUGCUGCGCCUCUUGCAGGAGCACCGCAAGUACCACAGCGCCCUCGCUGUGCUAGAGUACCGGGAUGCACAGUCACAGCCAGAGAGUGCCGCGGCAUUGCUGAAGCGUCGGCAGGCCGUCUUGGCGAAGCAGAGCCGGCGGGCGGCCCGAGAGGACCGGCCUGUGUCCAUGUCUGCAAUGCAGCAGAUCAAUGGUGCAUACGAGCUGCUGAAGUCCUAUCUUGAGGACACAUACGAGGACCUGAUCCAGACGCGGGAGAUGAUCUACCCAGAGUGCCGGGGGCUGGCCCUGACCUGCAGCGCGAGAUGCGCCCGGGCCCUGGGCAUCUGUUCCCACGACAACCAGCGCUGGAAGCGCAGCAUGGAGGACACGCGCGUGUUUCAGGACUAUUUCGGCAAUGACGAGAACAAGUGCUUCUUUGCCAUCUAUGACGGCCACAACGGGCGGUUUGCGGCGGACAUCGCCGCCAAUGACCUCCACCACUUCCUCUUGAGGGAGAUGACUAAGUUUGACCCAGCAACUGCCUGCACGUGCACCCUAAACCUCGCUGAACACAAUGAUCUCAUCGGCUACCAGCUGGAUCGGCCCAGACCGGUCAUCCGUAAGGACAGUGUCCGGCACAUUCUCCACCAGGAGAGCCACAACAUCAUCCAGCAGAUCAUGCACACGUGCAAGGAGAACGUGUCCAAGCUGGAAGUGAAAAAUGGCGACCAGCCAUCGAGGAAAGAACCCAAGUCCAAACUCCCAAACAGACGCGAGAAUGAUCCCUUUGCCGAAAAGGUGGAGCUGGCAUUCCGGAACUCCUAUCAGUUCCUUGAUUACAUUCUGUCAUAUGGAAUCGAUGAACAGUCACGUGUGCGGUGGAGUGGAUGUUCAGCAUUGACUUGUGUCAUCCAGAGGACGGGAGACUUAGAUGAGGAAGAUGAACAAGAUGAGAAUGAGAUGGGCAAUGGCAGAGACAAACAUGUAGAGACAGAUGAUGAAGCACAGGUUAAAGAAUUGGGAGUGCUGUAUGUGGCAAAUGCAGGAAAUUCGCAUGCUGUACUCUGUCAGAACGGAAAGGCUGUCCGACUGACUCGCAAACACACUCCACAGUCCUCCCAUGAAAGAGCUCGUGUCCUGCGAGCUGGCUGUGCAGUCAAAGAUGGUGCCAACGGUGGACGAGUCAACGGCGUGCUGGAUACAACCAGAGGCCUGGGUAACCACGGCGACCCCUUGCUGAAAACCGCGGUGCUGGCUGAGCCCCACACGGUGAGCGUCACCAUCGACAGCCAAUCGGAAUUCCUCAUCCUGGCUUCACACGGGGUGUGGGAGGUCCUGUCCGAGCAAGAGGCCGUCUCAUUGGUCAAACAGUUGAUGCCCGGUCAGGAGGUCUUCCCGAGGCAGCCACUGCCAACCGAUGACCCCCUCAGGGACUUAUAUGGCAUUGAGGGGUUGAAUUUGGCACCCUCGCUGGGUGGUGAUAACCAGGGUGCAGAUCAAGACAAGGAUUCCAGGGACAGUGCUCUCGAAAAAGAUCAUCCUGAGCCAAGCAACGACAUAAAUUCGGAGGAUGCCAGUUACGCUCCACCUGCACAAACGAGUGAACCAGGAAAGGAAAUGCGUCAGGUGGACGAAACAAACAGUGUCCGAGACGCACCAAUCAGUCAAACAAUUCCUUGUGUGGUGCAACCGAAAUCUGCGAGUGCUUCACCAGCAGCAGAUAGCACCUCAAAUGGCAACCACUCACCAAAGCUGCAAGAGCGAUAUCUCCUUUCCCCUCGUCAGACCCGGGAAGCACCAUCUGCUGGCAAGGUGACAAAUGACGAUGACAACAUCAGUGAUCAGACGGAUUUCGAGAGCAUGAUCUCAGCGCUUAUGGAGAACGACGACGGCAAUGAGGCAGACGUGGAGACCUUGACCGAGCUCCACACCAUCUAUGCCCAGUCCCGGCUCCAGGAAGCCGAGGAGCAGGGCUCGCGCACCGAGCAUGAGAUGUACCGCAACCUGGCGCAGCAGAUGAGCGAGCGGCUCGUCCAGAGUGCGCUUCUGGCUGGCUCCAGAGACAACAUUACAGUCAUGGUCAUCCUGUUGCCUGGAUGCAAGUAUUAGCAUUCAUGGAUUUAACCUGCUGGACAGCUGUGUAUCUGUUUGUACGCAGGCUGUCUGAAGUACUUGGCUAAAGCCAGAAUACCAUGUGUGCGUAUGGAAAACACUGGCUAGUAGUGGCUAUAGCCACUUCCAAUAGAAAGUUUAGUACUCCUUGCCUCAGCCUGUUAAUUCAGUCUUCAAAAUUCUUACGUACAAUGUUGGCUAACAAUUGAAUUGAAAACACACUGCACAGUCAAUAGGCAGGACAGCUGUGCAGAUUUUCAGAUCACUGUUGGAGUGUGUGAACGUUCAGUAAAGUGAGGGGGGGGUCAAGUCCCACAAACACAGGAUGAAAUGUGAAACAUCAGUGGCAUUGAUAAGUGUGAAAAAAUUUGAGCUUGAUUGCAAAUUUAAUUAAAUAUUUUAUGCUCUUGUCCCCAGUUCUCCAGACUUGGUUGAAAUUGCUUCCAGUAACAGGUCUCAUUGUGAAUAAUUUACAUUAUACAUUUGGCGUGUAUAACCUCGAUAAAAUUUCAAACAGGCAAGCUUGAUUGAAAGGAUUGUGAAACAAUUGUUUUAACUAUGUACAAUGAAAAAAGGUUUACUCUCUCAGAAUCUUCAAUUCGAAUGCAACUAGGUUUUCAUCCUUUGAACUGCAAAUGAUUUCUUAUAUCAGAUUUUGGCAUUCUAAGUGACAUUCCACAUUCAACAGGAAGUGUGUUCCAUUUUUCAUUGCUCAGAGGUGAGGAAGCAGGAAUUUUGGAUAUGGACAAAAAUUAAUCGAUCCAUUAUUGUUGCCUGACUUUUAUAAACACAAAUUGCUAAAAUUGCUAUAUUUGUUGUUUUUCCCCCAUUACUACUGCUCAGUAUUUUAAUCAUGCCGACGUGUUUUCAGGCUGUAUUUGACGACACAACUUUUCAACUGUUGAACUUGAAUCGUGGAAAAAUGGUGACCGUUUCUGCAAAGCAUAGUACAUGUAUUUGGUUACGUACAUGUAUUACGUGUGAACUGGUCAGAUCACGUGAACAAGAGAUGAGCACUGCUGAUGUGACUGACACUGCACGUACAUGUACAUUCACAUGUUCAUGCUAUAGCGUACAGCUGAGCUCCCUCGACCAUUGUCUUUAUAACCCAAUAUCACAUUCAUAACACUGUUUGGACAAAAUGCCCAAGUUAAAUGGUUGGCCCGUUCUCUUCCUUCAGAGGGGACAUUUUAUUCAGGGAGCUGGCUAAGGCACACAUUCACAUGAACAGGUAAAUGGUUCCAAUCGGCAAGCACAAAACAUACUUAAAAUUUGCUGUGAUCUUCAAAUAAAUUUUUAACUGUCAGAAAAAUGCUUCUUGUUCUAUCCAAGGGGGGUUUCCUUCCGCUUGCAACACAUUUGAUUGGCUCGAAGAAGCCCAUCAAAAUUGCAGUGUGACUUAGCUUAUAACCUUCAAAGCUGGGCUAUUUUGGCCUGUCUCGUGGGGGGGGGUCUGCCCCCUCCAAGAACUUGACUGUCCAGUGCCCGAUUGUUUAAAAACUUGUGACGAAUGUAGAAAAAGAACCACCCCACUCAGAAUAAACAUGAUGAUAAACUAAAUCCAGCUUGUGAUUUUGUUGUUACCAUCUUUUGAAGUUCAAAGCAACACAUGCACCAGCUGGCGUGCAUUGAGCAUGGGCAGUGGAAAAGUAUACACACUUUGGGCCGAUUUGUCUCAGAAAAAUGGACGCUGCGUGAGAACGGUACAGUGGUGUCAAAAUGACUGCAAAUGACCAUUUCCAAGCACUGCACUGAUAUCGGAAAAAAUCCCGGCUCAUUUAGGGUUAAAUCUAAGAAACGCCAUUAAAACUAGACAAUAGAUGGAAGCUUCUUUAAUAAUUAAU